CUGCACACGGAGGGGGGGGGGGGAGUUCUCAAAUUGCCCUUGACUGAGAUGAGAUAACUGGUCAGUGCUCCCUCACCCUCCCGCCCGCCCGCCCGCGUCCGGCCAGGCGCCGAGCGCACAGCAGCACCGCCGGGGACCUGUCUUCCCAUUCGGCUGCGGGGCAAGAGAAACUGAGGUGAUGGAAGAUCCCGGGAAUGGUGCGGAAUUAUCCCCGUCUCGCUUCGAGCUCCUUGCACAGACGGUGCACAGCCGGUAGAGACCGCACAAAUGAGCUUCCAAGUGCGGGGACGAGGCGUCAAAGAAUAACUAGGUGUGAAGCCCCGAUGACGGGUCUCGAUCCGAAACGUCGACUCUUUAUUCCUCUCCAUAGAUGCUGCCUGAUCUGCUGAGUUCCUCCAGCAAUUUGUGUGUGUGUUACUCUGGGUGCGAAGACAGCUUUCGAUUAAUUGCGCGCAGUCCCCAAUCUUGAGGCUGCAAGGAUGCACCUUGCCUUCUACCCACCCAUGUUCUGCCUGAUGCUGUGCACGUUAACCCUGCGUGGGGCAGAAGCUGGCCCGGAGAAUCUCUGUGGGGCAGAGCUGGUGGACACGCUGCAGUUUGUCUGCGGUGACCGUGGCUUCUAUUUCAACAAACCCACGGGCUACAGAUCCAGCCUGAGGAGGUCACACCGUGGGAUCGUGGAUGAAUGCUGCUUCCAAAGCUGUGAUCUCAAGUUGUUGGAGAUGUACUGUGCAAAGCCCCAGCGUCUGGACAGUUCUGCUCGCAUCCAGCGUCACACCGAGAAAGGACAGGUGGAGACCCUCUGGAAGAAUCCCAGCCGAGCUAAUGCCAGUACUGUCAACAGGAAUUAUCGGAUUUGACAUUGGAAGCCGUGUGCUGGGUGGACUACGUUUGGUGGUCUUUGUGUAAAUGUUACCAAUGAUGGAGGCACCCUCUGGUCACAAGUUAUUGAAGGACUCUGAUCAAUACACAAACUCUCUCUGUAGAAUGUGUGUCAUACUCCAUGUAAUCGCCACACAUGGAAGGCGGCCGCUUUCAUCGUUGCGGGGUGAAGUGUACGAAUGGACAGGCAAUGAGUACUGUUUCUACAAGUGCGCCUUUCCAAGCACAUUCACUGUCCACAGAGCCACCACCCCCAUGUACCUAAGGCAGCAAAGAUGUAGAGCUCAUUUGAACUUGUGCCUUGUUAUUGUGACAUGUUCUCUUUAACAUUAUCUGUGAAUUGGACUAGACUGAGCCACGGACAAUGCUUGGUAUUACAAGCCAACUUCUAUGUAACAAACAGUCUGUUGAGAGAGACUUCUGGAUCGAGCAGAAUCUGUGGAAGGAAAGGACUUGUCAAAACCUUGCAUCAGGAUUGGGAAUGGAGUGGGAAGGUAGCCAGUACUGAGUCGAGAGAGGCAGAAGUUGGAUAUUAUAAUGCCUUUCCCAUCACAGAAGCUACUCAACCUGCUGAGUUCCUCCAGCAGAUUGUUUGUUGUUCCAGAUGUGAACAUCUGGAUUCUCUGUUGUCUCAAAUUUUAUGUAAGUUUGAAAAGCAUUCAAGUUGGGAGUGCUCUUAAGAGAUUAAUACUUUUUAUCUCUGCACUGGAAGGGCAGAGUGAUGGAUGAGGUGAGAUGCAAUGAAUGGGACCACAUGAAUAAGGAUCAAGUUUGGGGUGCUGCUAACAAGCAGGUGUGACAUAUAUGUGUGACAAUAUGGUAACUGGGCUGCUCACCAGAAAAAUGCUGGUCAGGUUUGAAGUACUUUCAAUAUUUGUACUCUUUAGUGGACUGUUGACACAAGUUGAUGAUUAUUGCUGAUAACCUGAAAAAAAUGUGAGAUUAACUGAUCUUUGCUCCUUCAUUGGUAAAAUUCCCUAACUUGAAAUUUGUAUCCAAAGGGCAACUGUCUAAAUGUGUUCUGUAGCACCAAUCUCUGACAUUGAUUCACUCUCCUGGUGAGACUGCAGGUAGAGAAUGUCAUGAAGAUGACAAUUCAAAUUAACCCAUCUUUCUCUUUUCCCUGGUGUGAACAUUGGAUAGCCGGAAGUGAGGGCAUUACAUUUCAAUACAACAUGACUCAACUUUGAGACAUGUCCUGUCCAACCAAAUGGACCAUCAGGACUUUGAGCUACACUAGAUUUUUGAUUCCAGUUUAGGGCAUUGAUGCCAAAGUGUGUAAGUUGGGGACCAGGGCUGGUGAAACUGGACUUUGCCAAAAAGUAGAUGGUGAAUCUGCAUUCCCAUGUUUUACACUACACGCAAUUUUAUUCUAUUUUUCUGUAAACCAGAGAUCAAUGCGAGCUGAAUUCCAAUAUCUUGUCAGCUUUAUAAUCGUGUGCUAGCCUCCGAACUCAUCCCACUGCGGGCUUAGUGGGGCUGACACUACGAUCUGCAGAAGAUGCCAAUUUUAUACAUGAGGUGGUUACCACCUACCAGGAAACAAAUUUCAUCAUCAGUAUCAGGAUUAUUACCACUUUUGUAUGAUAAAUGUGUUACUUCAUGGUAGCAGUGCAGUGCAAUACAUCAAAAAUUACUAUAAGAAAUAUACAGUAUAUCUAUAAAAGAAGUAGUGGAGAAACAGAGCUGAGGGGUGACAUAACAAGCACGGCUUCAUGGUCUGAAAUCAGAUGGCGGAGGGGAAGAAGCUGUUUCUAAAAUUUUGAGUGUGUCUUCAAGCUCCUGUAUCUCCUCUCUGAUGGUAGCAAUGAGACGAGGGCACGUCCUGGGUGAUGGGGGUCCAUACUGAUGGAUGCCAGCUUUUUGAGGCAUCGCCUUUUGAAGAUGCCCUCGAUGGCGAGGAAGCUAUUGCCCACAAUGGAGCUGGCUGAACCUACAACCCUCCACAGCUUUUUCCCUGAUUCUGUGCAUUGGAGCCUCCAUGCCAGAUGGUGAUGCUCUCCAAGGUACAUCUAUAGAAAUUUCUAGUCUUUCGUGACCUACCAAGUCCCCUCAAUAUUCUCAAACAUUUGCACUAUAUUCACUCUCUGCUUUUCCUACAGUGCUGGAGAACCUUUUAAAGAGAUAUUCUUUACAUUAUGUAGCAGAUGUCGAAGUCCAAACCGGUGUGUAAACAGGGUGAAGACAGUGUAACCCGUAACCCUGCUGUAAAUAGUUUGUGAUGGGGCUGAUAUAAGAAUCUGCUUGUUUUAGAGGUUGACAUUUUGUGUAUGGGAGGGAACAUAGUUUAUUUGCAAUGUGAUGUUCGAUCUGUUCAAUACAAAGGUGCUAUAAUGUUGUUUGUGAAUUUGAUCUUAAGAGCAAUAUGUUUCAUGUAACAGAAUGCUGAAACUUCAUUUCGGAUGUUGACAGAUAGUAGAUGUGACCAACUUUGGUUAGAAUUCGUCCUGCGCUGUGUUACACAGUGGGUUCCUACAACGUCACCAACCUCGCCCACGCAGCGAGGUUUCUGUUUGAGAGGUCCUUUCCUGAACGAUGAAGAACCAACUCUGUCAGUGUGCGCUCGCAGGACUGGGUCCACCGUGACAGAGAGAGCUGCUGUUCCUCCGCUCCUGGGUCGAGUCAUGAGCCUGCGAUCCGCCGCUCCUGGGUUGAGUUGGUGCCCACGAUUGCCAUGACAAAGAGUCUGACGGUCUUCCACACUUGGACCCAAUCCUGUAAGCACACACCAUAACACAACUCAUUGGGCUGUUCAGGCAUUCUAUCAGGCCUUUCCUGGCAGAUGAACCUCACCGGCAAGGUUGACCUUGGAGGCCCAGGUAGAUGUGAGCCGUCCCCAUGAGCUGCUUCAGUCCUCUUGCUGAGUCAAUCUAGCUUUGCUUCUUUACAAUAAUGUUUUAUUAAUUAUAAUGAUUGGUGGACUUAGUCUGCAAGUCUUCCCCAUAUCCUUCCCGGUAUUUACCCGGACACUAAGUUAUACAGCAUGGAACCAGGCCCUUCGGACCAACUGGUCCAUGCACACCAAAAUGUCCCAUUUUCUAGACUUUGGUCCAUCACCUUGUAAACAUUUCCAGUCCAUGUACCUAGUCAUAGUCAUAGUCAUACUUUAUUGAUCCCGAGUGAAAUUGGUUUUCAUUACAGUUGCACCAUAAAUAAUAAAUAGUAAUAGAACCAUAAAUAGUUAAAUAGUAAUAUGUAAAUAUGCCAGUAAAUUAUGAAAUAAGUCCAGGACCAGCCUAUCGACUCAGGGUGUCUGACCCUCCAAGGGAGGAGUUAUAAAGUUUGAUGGCCACAGGCAGGAAUGACUUCCUAUGACGCUCAGUGCUGCAUCUCGGUGGAAUGAGUCUCUGGCUGAAUGUACUCCUGUGCCCACCCAGUACAUUAUGUAGUGGAUGGGAGACAUUGACCAAGAUGGCAUGCAACUUAGACAGCAUCCUCUUUUCAGACACCACCAUCAGAGAGUCCAGUUCCAUCCCCACAACAUCACUGGCCCUACGAAUGAGUUUGCUGAUUCUGAGUGAUAGAUUCAUAGAACACUACAGCACAGAAACAGGUCCUUUGUCCCAUCUAGUCCACACCAAAAUAUGAACCUCCCUAGUCCCUUUGACCUGCAUCUGGACCAUAGCCCUCCAUACCUUUUCCAUCCAUGUACCUAUUCAAACUUCUCUUCAAUGUUGAAAUUGAACCUGCAUCCUCCACUUCCACUGGCAGCUCGUUCCACACUCUCACCUGUCCAUGGGAUUGUCAUCAUUCAGUGACCGAGAAUGUCUCCUCUUUGGGUGCUGGCAUUGGUUUCCAAUGUUAAUGCAACCGAAAUGAUAUGAAAAAUUCUUGGUAUCACUAAACCAAUCAUUCCCAGAAUCUGAUCAGUUAAAUUUAUCUUGGCUUCACUGUAAUUCUUUUAUCUUUGCUGGAUGACUCGAUUCAGGAACAACUUCUUCCUCUCUGCCAUCUGACUUUUGAGUGGACAUUGAUCCCACGAACACUACCUCACUGCAUUUCUGCACUACUUAUUUAAUUUAACUAUUAUAUAUAUACAUACUUAAAUAUAUAUAUUGAAAACUCACUGUUUGUUCCACUAUUAUCUAUUGUACUGUACUGCUGCUGCAAAGACAAUAAAUUUCAUGAUAUAUACCAUUGAUAUUAAACCUGAUUCUGAUAUUGUCAGGAGCAGAAUCAGAAUCAGGUUUAAUAUCACCGUCAUAAGCCGUGAAAUGUGAUGUUUUGCGACAGCAGUACAUUGUAAUACAUAAUAAUCAAAAAACUAUAAGUUACAAUAAGAAAUAUAAAUGAAAUAAGCAGUGUGAAAUGAGAGAGAAAAAAAACAAAGUCGUGAGGUUCAGAAAUCUGAUGGUGGAGGGGAAGCAGCUGUUCCCGAAACGAUGAAUUCUGGCGUGUCACCAGAAUUUAUCGUAGGUAGCAAAUGGCGUUAGAGCUCAGUAGAGGCCUUUCAGCCGACAAUGUUGUGCCGACCUUUUACCCUACUCCAACAUCAAUUUAACCUGUUCCUCCCAGACAGCCCUCCAUUUUUCUAAGAAACAGAGUUUCUUAAAUGUCUGUAGUGUAUUUGACUCUACUAUCACCACUGGCAAGGGCGUUCCAUGCCCCCACUACUUUCUGUGUAAAAAAACCCACCUCUGACACCACCCCUAUACUAUCCUCCAAUCACCUCAAAAUUAUGACCCUCAUGUUUGCCAUUUUCCCCCAGGAAAAUGUCUCUGGCUAUCCGCUUGAUCUAUGCCUUUUAUCAUCUUGUACACCUCUAUUCAAUCACCUCUCAUCUUCCUUUGCUCUGAAGAGAAAAGCCCUUGCUCGUUCAGCCUAUCCUCAUAAGACAUGCUCUCAAAACCAGACAGCAACCUAGUAAAUCUCCUCUGCCCCGUCGCUAAAGCUUCAAAUUCUUCCUAUAAUGAGGUGAGAACUGAGCACAGAAUGAGGGGUAAGAGAGUAGAGGAUUAGCCUGAGAGUUUUAGAUGAGGAAAGAUGGCCGGUAGCUGGGUUGAAGCUUGAUUGGGUAGGGCUGAUCUGUGUUGUAUGCACAUUUGGUAGUUCAAUUUAGAUUCAAAGCCUCUGCCAUGCUGUCCCAGUAACAGCAUUCCCUGGGAUAUUUAGUUAUUGAUUGGAAACAAAGAGAGAGUGAAAUGGACUUGGAUUUGAUGAAAAUGUUAUUUCAAAACUUUGAACAUCAAGCCAUUGAUUUGACUAAAAAGAGACCAGGUUAAAAGUUAUUGUGACCUAAAACUCCCAACUGGUUCAACACUGUUCAGUGGGAAGGAACUAUCAGCUUUCCAUUAGAAGCAGCAGAUCCGAGGCAAGGAAGAGUUGUGGGGUUGGAACCCAGGCCCGAGAAUGAUGAACAAGUCAAUGUUUGGCUGAUUUAAGCACUGGGCUUAAGUAGUAGUAGUAGUCAUACUUUAUUGAUCCCAGGGGAAACUGGUUUUCGUUACAGUUGCACCAUAAAUAAUAAUUAGUAAUAAAACCAUAAAUAGUUAAAUAGUAAUAUGUAAAUUAUGCCAGGAAAUAAGUCAAGGACCAGCCUAUUGGCUCAGGGUGUCUGACCCUCCAAGGGAGGAGUUGUGAAGUUUGAUGGCCACAGGCAGGAAUGACUUCCUAUGACGCUCUGUGUUGCAUCUCGGUGGAAUGAGUCUCUGGCUGAAUGUACUCCUGUGCCCACCCAGUACAUUAUGUAGAGGAUGGGAGACACUGACCAAGAUGGCAUGCAACUUGGACAGCAUCCUCUUUUCAGACACCACCGUCAGAGAGUCCAGUUCCAUCCCCACAACAUCACUGGCCUUACGAAUGAGUUUGUUGAUUCUGUUGGUGUCUGCCACCCUCAGCCUGCUGCCCCAGCACACAACAGCAAACAUGAUCGCACUGGCCACCACAGACUCGUAGAACAUCCUCAGCAUCGUCCGGCAGAUGUUAAAGGACCUCAGUCUCCUCAGGAAAUAGAGACGGCUCUGACCCUUCUUGUAGACAGCCUCAGUGUUCUUUGAUCGAGGCAGUGGGGCCCAAGCCUUAGCUUAGAGUGUGCUGAAGUUGUGGGCAUAGAUCCGAGAGCAAGGAAUGAGUCCAUAUUUGCCUGAUUUAAGCAUAGGGCCAGAUUAAAAAGGACAGGGUUCUCAGAACCAGAGGAGGGGGAUGGGCUAGUGUUUGGCUUGCUACACUACAAGGUUUACUCGUCUCUAUGCUGAACUGAGGCUGUGACCUGCAUUUAACAGACUCCUACACCAACUGCGGAAAUGACAGGCUCCUUGCCUGUGAACUCACUUUCCUGAACUUUAGUUCUGAAUGUUACUUGCUUACUUCUGAUUGUUUGCACAAUUUGUUCUUUUUUUUUGCACAUUGGCUGUUUGACCGCCUUCUUCAUUAGUGGGUUCUAUUGGGUUUCUUUGUUUGGUGGCUGCCCGUAAGGAGACGAAUCUCAA